GUUAAAUUAACAUGUUUUCUACAAUCGAAUCUAGUUGUUAAGACGUGACAACAUUUCCUCGGCCCUCAAAGACAUUCGUAAUUUCUUACGUGGCCCCCAAUGAAAAAAGAUGCCCACCAGACAUAUUGUUCAACUGAACAAAGUCUUUCUUAUUGCAAGGUAUUCACUUUACUGAGCAGACUCAGUGAAUGUUCAAUGACGGCUAGCUCUCUCUCUCUCUCUCUCUCUCUCUCUCUCUCUCUCUCUCUCUCUCUCUCUCUCUCUCUCUCUCUCUCUCUCUCUCUCUCUCUCUCUCUCUCUCUCUCUCUCUCUCUCUCUGUCUCUGUCUCUGUCUCUGUCUCUCUCUCUCUCAGGCUCUAUGGACCCUCUGUCGUCUGUCGUCACCUGCCUGAGACUCUUGCCCACAUGCCAGUCUGCAUCACAUCCUAUCUUUGUGUGUUUGUGUGGCGGGGGCCUUGACUCUAGCUGUGCCACGCAGUGGUUUUCACAUCAGGCAGUCUGAUGCCCGAUUUAAAAACUUUGUCUUCUUUGUGCUUCUCUCCGUUGUAUUCGUAUUUUCUCUACAGAAUUCCGCUUAGGGAACUUUCAAUUUUGCACUUUUUCUUUCACCUUUGUUAGUGAAUAUCACAGACAUACAUUCCCUUAUUGAACUAAGAUGACAUUACAAAGCCUAAGGCUUACUGUCAUCUGCUAGUGCUACACAGGUUGUUAAUCCAAAAUGAAUGUGUGAACAUAUUUUUGGGGAAAUCCCUUAAAAAGCAUAUCACAUAUUGUUAUGUUUGUCAUUGUGCAAUCAUGGUUAGUGGGGAAGGGGAGGAGGGAACCAUAUUGGGAUAUAUUCAAAUAAUCACUCUAGAGCUAAACUGGCAUCCCAGGACAGCUUGAGAGGUGUGAGAAGGCACUACUCUCUGAUGUGACGUUGCUCUCGGCCUGUGAAAAGCAAACAUGUCUGCUUUGCUCUGACAUCUUCCCCUGAAGAGUCAACUCAAGUCAAUCUUAAAAGACAACUCAAAAGAGAGAGAGAGACGGACGAAGAAGGGCCAACCGGAACGCUCAUAUCCCAGCCACACCGCGCAGUGUUGGUUUUUUGACACCAUGCGCUCACACCAUUUGACUUCAUUGAUGUUUUUCCUUCUAUGCGUAUGCAUGGCCAUCGCAGAGGAGCCAGACGAAGGCCAGGUGCAUUCCUCCAUGCCCUACUGGAACCUGUGGUCCUCAGACUUCUUCGGCUGGGUGGAGGAGCUCCGUGCUCAGGGUGCCUACGACCAGCUUAACGACCUGGCCAGAACCUUCUGGUCCCACUUCUCCACAGCCAACCAGCUGGGCUACGGCAGACCUGGCGCCGAUCCUCAGCCUGAAGAAUGAUCCGGAACUUCUGUUCCCUGCUGUUUUGAGAUUGUAUAUCACUGGAAUGUUGAUGUUUUCAGUAACUGAGCCCUGAUUUAAUGAAAUCCAUCAAAAGAUAAACAUGUCGACUGAUCAACGAUUUGAACGCAGAUUGUUUAGUUGCAUACGGGAAAUAAAUCAUGUCAUCUGAGUAACAAAA